AUGCGUCCCUUCAAUAACCCCCCGCCCUCGACAGACGAGGCGGCGAUCCGUAUCUCGUUCCCAGCCGAGCAUGUCCUGCACGUCGCCAUCGACCGCCCGGACAAGUUCAACGCGCUGCGGGCAGUCGACAGCUUCACGAUGGACGAAAUCUGGGAGUGGUACGAGAGCGAGCCAAGUCUGCACUGCGCGAUCCUUGGGACCACGAACCCUAAGGCGUGGUGUGCUGGUGGCGACCUCAAGGAACUUAGCAUGCGCGAUGGCCGCAAGGCCGGAAAGUACCAAUGGCCUGAUACAGGUCUCGGGGGACUAGCGAAGCGCUUCCUCCGAAAACCAGUCAUCGCCGCUGUCAACGGUGUGGUUAUUGGCGGCGCGGUUGAAAUGCUUAGCAACCUCGAUGUGGUGAUCGCCGGCGAGAGUGCCAAGCUGUCCCUGCCAGAGACGAAGCGCGGUGUGGCAGCAGCUGGCGGUGGCCUCCCAAGAAUUGUCUUCCUGAUCGGCAGACAGAAGGCCGCGGAGCUGCUCAUGUCUGGCAGAGAUAUCCCUUCAUGGGAGGCCGAGAAGCUCGGCCUCGUCAACAUGGUUGUACCGGACGAUCAAGUCGAAGCCAGGGCCUUGAAGCUGGCGAUGGAUACCGCCGCAAACUCGCCGGACUCGGUACAGCUCUGCUUGUUUGGCCUCCGUCUCACUGAGGAAGAGAUGGGUUACCAACGCAUGAUGACGCGCUACAUCCAGUCCAAGCAGUUCAAGGCGCUUAACUCCGGGCCCAACCUCAAGGAGGGGCUGCAGGCGUUCCUCGAAAAGCGUCCGCCUCGUUGGCACGAUUCCAAGCUCUGA